AUGCCUUUCUCCAAUGACAACCUAUUGGAUCAACAGCCUAAGCUGCAUGCUGUUCUGACCUUUACUCAGCCUGAGAAUCACGCAAAUCCUAUCACACUGAUUCCUUCAUCAGCCUCUGCAUACACUACCAGAUAUGAUCAUGAACAAGCAGAGACCAUGCUCGCAUCAGAAAGCUUAGGGGAUUUUUCUCCUCCAUACACUGUAGCUGGUUAUUCUGAAAAGAAUAAGAAUCUGGUUGGAAACAAAAGGAAGAGAAACAAUGACAGGCUUAAAGAGAAACAAAAUGGAGUCAUCCUUGUAAGGGCAAAAAGAGGCCAAGCAACUGAUAGCCACAGUUUAGCAGAAAGGGUGAGAAGAGAGAAAAUCAAUGAGAAGAUGAGGUGUUUGCAGGACUUGGUUCCAGGGUGUUAUAAGGCAAUGGGAAUGGCAGUCAUGUUAGAUGUGAUAAUAGAUUAUGUUCAAUCACUGCAGCAGCAAAUUGAGUUUCUAUCCAUGAAGCUUUCAGCAGCGAGUAUGUAUUUUGAUUUGACCACUUUAGAGAUGGAUGCCAGCGAAACCAUGCAGGAAUACCGGCACCCAUGA